UGAUGGACACGGGGGUGAACAGCGACAUCAUUCUCUCAGUUUACAUCAUCUCCUUCCUGAUUGGUUUCCCGUCCAACGUCCUCGCUCUCUACGCCUUCAGUGUCAAGAUCCACUCCAAGCCACGACUUACGGACAUCCUGCUCCUCAACGUGACCGUGUCCGACCUGCUCUUCUUGCUCGUUCUUCCUCUGAAGAUGCAUGAGGCGGCGUCAGACAUGAUGUGGAAUCUGCCCUCCGUCCUAUGCUCCAUCACUGUUUUUAUCUUCUACUCGACCAUCUACACCAGCUCCUUGUUGCUGAUGGCAGUCAGCAUGGUCCGCUACAUUGGAGUAGCGUUCCCCAUCAAAUAUCAUCUGCUGCAAAGACCUUUGUAUGCAAUCGUGAUCAGUGCUGUUUUUUGGAUCAUUGCAGGAGCACAUUGCAGCAUCACCAUCAUCGUCCAGGAGCAUCCCGACUUAGCUGCUAACACCACCCGUGUUAAUGGCAGUGUCUGCUAUGGGGAAUUCUCAGAGAAGCAGCUCAAGGUUCUCCUCCCGGUGCGUCUUGAAAUGUUCGUCGUGCUCUGCCUUGUGCCUCUUCUAGUUUGUAUUUACUGCUACUUGCACUGCAUCUGGAUCCUGUACAGACGCCCCAGGGUUCCUCAGAACCAGAAGCGGAAGGCGAUCGGCAUGGCCCUGGGAACUCUAGCUGUGUUUCUUGUGUGUGUGAUUCCAUACAACGUCUCUCACUUAGUGGGUUACUUUGAGGACAAAAGUCCACCAUGGAGGCCCUACGUCUUGCUUCUCUCCACCUUCAACACUUGUAUUGAUCCCAUAAUCUUCUGCUUUUCUUCUUCAGCUUUUUCCUUUUUCAAGAAGUGUGGACUCGCUCCUUCAGCAACAACACAGGACGUGAGCUAAAAGUAUCACAUAACCACAUUACAUAAUCACAUUUAGCUUCAAUGUCUUUAGUGUGCAGUGGUACGACACAGGAUAUGUGUUCACAUUUGUUCUAACUUGUAGCCAAAUCUAACAUUUGUCUCAGCACAGGAACACAACAGGAACAUGUAUUUAUAAUAGGAUGGCAACUAAAGUAGAAAGAUAAACAUACACGAUGUGAACGAGAGGCUUUUCUGUGUUUCCUGGGUUCAGACAUUUGCCUACCAAAUUAACUGUCACCAAGUGUCUGAGCUAUAAUUAAUUUAAGGUUUCAUCAGGUCUGUUUGUGAUGUGAACGCCACAAACUGACCUGGAUCCCCAAUGAAACGUCCCAAUUUCAGCAAUCUAGAAAGGGGCGCGA